AUGGGGGCUGUCGGCAUCCUGGGCUGGCUGCUGCUGCUGCUGCUGCCGGUGCCGCAGGUGGCAGGCGCCCGACCCUGCAUCCCCAAGGAUUUUGGGCACGGCUCGCUGGUCUGUGUCUGCAAUGCCACCUACUGCGACACGCUGGACCCCGUGGUGGUGCCAGCCCCCGGCUCCUACGCCAAGUACGAGAGCAGCAAGGCCGGCAAGAGGCUGGAGAGGAGCGAGGGGAAAUUCCAGAGCAGCCUGAGCACCCGAGGGCUGCUGCUGACGCUCAACAUCUCCGCGCUGCACCAGCACGUGAAGGGCUUCGGAGGGUCCCUCUCCGAUGCUGCUGCCAUGAACAUCCUGAAGCUGUCCCAGGCAGCCCAGGACAACCUGCUGCGCUCCUACUUCUCCCAGAGCGGGAUCGAGUACAACCUCAUCCGGGUCCCCAUGGCUUGCAGCGACUUCUCCGUGCGCCCCUACAGCUACGACGAUGUCCCCAACGACCACGAGCUGAAGCACUUCAGGCUGGCGGACGAGGACGUGAAGAUGAAGAUUCCCCUCCUGCGCCGGGCUCUGGCCAUGAGCAAGCGGCCGCUGCUGCUGUUUGCCAGCCCCUGGACCGCCCCAGCCUGGAUGAAGAGUAACGGGGACGUCCGUGGCAAGGGGACGCUGAAGGGGAAGGCAGGGGACAAGUACCACAAGACCUGGGCCAACUACUUCAUCAAGUUCCUGGAUGAAUAUGCAAAACGCAACGUGACCUUCUGGGCGGUGACGGCACAGAACGAGCCGCUGGCGGGGCUCUUGACGCCCCCCCAGGCCCCCACCAUCGCCUUCACGGCCGCGCAGCAGCGGGAUUUCAUCGCCCGGGACCUGGGCCCCGCGCUGGCCCGCAGCGCCCACCGCACACGGCUGCUGAUGCUCGACGACCAGCGCAUCCACCUCCCGCACUGGGCCAAAGUGGUCCUGGGAAAUGCCACGGCUGCUCGCUACGUGGCUGGCCUGGCCGUGCACUGGUACCUGGAUGCCAUUGUCCCACCUGGCUGCAGCCUGGAGGCCACCCACAAGCUCUUCCCCGACCAUUUCCUCCUCUACACGGAGGCCUGCACUGGCUUCUUCACCUUCCGCUUCGCCGUGUCCCUGGGCUGCUGGGAGCGGGGAGACCACUACAGCUACAGCAUCCUGACGGUCAUGAACCACUUUGUGUCUGGCUGGACCGACUGGAACCUGGCCCUGGACCUUCAGGGAGGCCCCAACUGGGUCAAGAACUUUGUGGACAGCCCCGUCAUCGUGGACGGCAGCAAGGAUGUCUUCUACAAGCAGCCCAUGUUCUACCACAUGGGGCACUUCAGCAAGUUCAUCCCCGAGGGCUCCCGGCGGGUGGGGCUGCACAGCAGCGGCCGCUGCCUCCUCUGCCAGCUGGAGCAUGUGGCCGUCCUGCGCCCCGACGGCGCCCUUGUCCUGGUGGUCCUCAACAGGUUUGGCCGGGAUGUGCCCUUUGGGAUCCAGGACCCCGCCAUGGGGUUCAUCGAGGCUGUGGCUCCAGCUCACUCCAUCCAGACCUACCUGUGGCGCCAGCAGUGA